AUGUGUUCCAAACCUGGUCUUCAAACACGCAGCGAUACAGGUGCAACUGCUCCACCGGUUGCCACUAGUAACACCGAAUAUGGAUCCAAAAUGAUGCCGACUAGUUCGACCACACUGCAACGGCCAAGCUUGAUACGCUCAGCGACUACGACAGCGGCCUAUCGGACUUCGACCACGGUAGCUGAAGCAGUGCCCAUCCUGGCCAGGCCGGUCACUAGCCGCGCUGCAAGCCUCGCUAACAACGCCAGUGCUUUGGAAGGAGUAGGCAAGAAUAUCACUAACGCAACAACAAAGCCAUCCCUCUUCCGGCGAGCAACGGACGCACUCGAUCUAGAUCCGGCCAAGUCAUACACCAUCCGUCAUGCACCGCCACUCCCUACUUACUGGACCGACCAUGCCCACGAAAAGCGUCUGCUCGCCACCUGGGACGUUGUACGUGCAGAAGCAGCUGCAGCAAGACUGUCAGUGUCUGGCCAGCUGCUUCACGUGGAGCGAGCAAUGCGGCUCGAUUGCGCUGAGCUUGCAGAGGGCAGCCGACCACUAAGUAGAGAAUGGAUCGAGUACGUGCUUGGCGUCAACCUGCGGCCGCCAUUCUGUUCAUGGCCAGGUAUGGGACGGUUCGAGCUGUUGGCCGCAAGUGGUGGGGCGAGAGCGAAUUGGGGUCCGUGGUGA